CUUGAAGAUCAAGUUGCCGUUGAAUGUUGAACGCGCUGGCCGCUCUCUCCAUACAGAAAUAUGUAAACCCGCCGCAGAGACGGACGGAGGCGUUCCUCCACUCCACUCACAACCACACGCACCUCCAUUCGCUCUAUUCAUCACCGAUCUACUGUAUACAGCAUCAAUUCAGUCAGUCGCCGCCGCAUAUAACGCCAGAGAGAUUGGCACUCGUUCUCCACUGCUAUCAAACAACAUGCCUGUGGUAGUGGGCCAGCCCGCGUGGGAAGGAGGCGCUUCUAGUCCAGGCGCGCUAUCAGCCAGCUUGGUUCUGCCAACAACGGACAGGGAUGCAAGCUCAAGGAAGCGGCACUUAUCUUGGAGCAACAACGGCGAGUAUCCUCAGGCACCCCUGUCUAUUCCGCAGAGAGUCGAGUCUAGAGAUCCGUUGAACGCAAAGAGCUAUGCGGAGCUGACACCUAGGGAGCUGACGAUGCUGCAGCAGGCUGCGUUUGCGAGGUUGAACGCCAUUUUCAAACAUUACAAAAUGAAGCCCAUGCCUGGGGCAAUGCUGGACACAAUAGCCGCAGAAACCACGGGCGGCACAUCAAAGAGUAGCCGGAAGCUAUUCUUCUGGAACAAAUCCCGAUCGAAAGACGCUGAUUAUAUCCCAAAGGAAAACGAAACGCCUUCCAUAACCAAUACCUAUCUAGUGAGAUCGCUGGACACAGCUUCGGCUGCUCGAGACUCGAAUCAACGGAAUGGCAAAACUUUGCAAAUUCCGGUGCUGAUACACGAAUGCGUUGCCUUUCUCCGGAGAAACGGUCUCCAAGCCACCGGUGUAUUUCGCGUGAAUGGUUCGGAGCGGCGCAUGGGUCAGCUGUUCGCCUCGUUCAAUACACCACCAGACUACGGCCGCGCAGAAUCAUUAGAUGGAUACUCUGUGUAUGAUGUCGCGGGGGUUCUGAAAAAGUACCUUCGGAGCAUCCCCGAGCCACUGUUGACCAGAGAGCUCUAUCCUCAAUUCAUCAAAUGCCUGGAUAUUCCGGCGGAAGGAGGCACACGGAUCCGGGCUUUCCGAUUGCUCAUCAUGCUACUGCCCGCGGCGCAUCUGGUGUUAUUGGAAACUCUCCUUGACCUGUUCAAGGAGAUACUGGCAAAUUCGAGUUAUAACCAGAUGAGCGCACACAGCAUCGCUCGCAUCAUCAGUCCGAAUAUAUUACGGCCACGGGAAUCCAACUCGAAAAAGCAAGGGCUAGAAGAGUACGAACGCGGGACCUAUAUUCUGGAAUACUUGAUCCAGAACGAACAGCAUCUGAGGAUAACCAACUGGAGCGUACAACCGUUCCAAAUCCUUGACAUAGGGUACUAUCAGAUCAUUCCUCAGGAAUCGAUGGGAAUCAGCACACUCCCGCGCCAGGGUAGCUCGGAGAGACUGCGCCAGAAGACGGAGCCUGCACGACGCAGCGCUCGAGAUUUUGAGGUUGUGCUGCCAGGCCCCGAACUGGCAGACUAUCCCACGCAUCACGAGGAUCAGGAAAAUGUGGUAGCGUCAGGGACCCGGAUACGGCGGGUCAAGACUGUGCCAUCGAAAAGGAGUCGAGCUACCCCAACAAUAGAUCCUGCACCAGUAGAACUCCCGCACACCGCGUCAUCACAGUCCUUACAAGAUCUCCAGCACUAUCGACGGAAACACACGUAUGCAUCUCACAAACUAGUGAAGCCAACACCCCCUCCCAUAGAACCGCCCCAACUACAGCGGCGUGCAAUGACGGUCGCGUCCACUCCGUCGAAAUCUUCGUUGGGAAGUGCGUCACUCCGACGGCAAAUCUUAGUUCCGCCCCGGAUGGAAGAAUGGGAGGUUGUCAACGCACAGCUGCUUGGUGCUGAGAUCAAAUCUCGGCGUUACUAAAGUUAACCGCAAAAGUAAUGGCCAUCAAUAGCAUUUUACUGGGAUACUGCCUGGGCAAUGUAACCCCUAGCCUAAGAGGACUUCCCACAUUUUGUUCACAUGACGUGAUCGUCUUCAACCAUUGAUUUUGUCGAUAUGGAAUCUUCUGAAUCACCUGCGCGGAUGUCGAAGUAGAUAAGUGCGCUGCGAAAAGCUUGAAUCCAACAGUGCCCGGAGAUCUCGUUAAGGGCUCCUAUAUCGUGGCUUUCUCAACGCAAUCUGACGCCC